AUGCGCCUCUUCCUCCUCCCCAUCUCCACUCGAAGAGCGCUCAUCUACUGCGAACGCGUGCAGCAGCAGCUCUCCCCCGGCCAGAGCGCGCCCAUCCUCGACCGUGUCAUCAACAAGGCUUCCGAGACGUGGAUACAAUGGGAGCGCAAAGAGAAGGGGUGGCAGAAGAAAUUGACCGACUACGGGAAUCAGCUGUUCAAGAGAAUCCCCUACGAAGAAUGGGGCCUCAAGAGUCUCCCUCCUGCCACCAAGCGCCGGCUGGAGGAGAUUGACAGUGGCAAGCUACAGUUUGAAUGCUUAUAUCCCAAUGCCUUCCUGAAGGGCUCCAAGGUGCUAGAGGUGAUCAAGACGCUGGCCGUGGAGAGACAAGCCCUGCACCGGAAGAAGAUGUGGCAGUCGAUUGCGUGGAUGCCCAUCACCAUUCCGUUUGCCAUUGUACCAGUUAUUCCCAACAUCCCUUUCUUCUACUGCUGUUUCCGCGCGUAUUCCCACUAUCGUGCACUGUACGGAGGGAAGUUGUUGGAACAUCUCACGUCCAAGGAUCUCGUGCGCGUCGCAGCAUCACCUCAGAUGAACGAAAUGUACACCGCAGGACUCUUACAUCCGACGCGAAAGGCUUCACGAGAAGCGCGGCGGCCGACGGAGACGGAGACGGAGCAGGUGGCUAGAGUGAUCGAGGCGCAGACCAACAACGAUCAAGAGGAUGUCAUGGUGUUGCAGCGUUGGAAUGGCAAGUUGAUUGCUGAGGCCUUCCACCUGCCCGAGAUGGAGGUCGAAAUCGAACGGGCCGUGGAGCAGGUGGAAAAGGCCAUUGAGAAGGAGAAGACGGAGCUCGACGACGAGAAGCAGGAGAUCAUGAAGGCCACGGAGCGGAAGAGGGAUAUGAAGAACCCCGAGGCCCGGUGA